AUGCAGGCUGACAACAGGGACAGGGGACCUGCUGCUGGCGCCGCCGCCGGCCAGGGCAAGGCGCCGACAAUCUGCAGCAGGCUCCAGAGAGCCUUCCAGGCCCGUCCGGCGUUCCGGCCUCUCCUCCGCCUGACGGGCCACUCUCAGGACGGCGGAGCUGCCACUACCGGGGCAGCGCCUGCCACGACGCACGGUGGUGCACCGACUCCGAUUGUGCUGCCGGCACAUGCGCCGGCGCCAUCUCAUGUAGGCAAAGCUCCUAAACCUACGGCACCGGUGGCGCACGGUGGCGCACCGCCUCCGAUUGUGCUGCCGGCACAUGCGCCGACGCCAUCUCCAGCAGGCAAAGCGCCUAAACCUACGGCACCGGUGGUGAUGCUGCCCGCGGUGCCGUCGGGGAAGCCGCACGCUGGCAAGGUCCCCGCGAGCGCUUCUACUACCCUGAGCGCAACCGCAAACAAGGUUGGCGAGAAGGUGGCAGGGUGGAUGCCGGCGCCGGCCAAGGGAGGUGACAAGCCUGCAGCAGGCAAGGUCCCCGCGAGCAGUACUCCUACUACCGUCAGCGCAACCGCAAACAAGGUCGCCGAGAAGGUGUCAGGGUGGAUGCCUGUGCCCACGCCGCCAGCGGCUGUCACGACCGAAAGGCCGCCUGCGGACGCCAAAGCCGAGGACAAAGCGCAGCAGACCAAGGGGAGGGUCAGGGUGAGCUCCAGGGUCCGCAAGGCCUUGAGCUCGUCCAAGUAGGGAGAUGAUCACCUAAAUCACCAGUUCACCACUCACCCGGCUGCAUCUGGAAAGCCGUUACCUGGUUACUCUACUUCUGUAUUUUGCCACAACUGAUUUCAGCUACGAUGUGCGUUUUGCUGCAA